AUGCGAUAUUUCACUGAAGUAAGAAGCUCGCGAUGUGACUGCUGCGAUAAUUGCAUAACCGGCUCUAAUAAGUUCCUCCACGAUCGAGGUAUGAUAAACCUUUCGGUGACUCCCCAUCUGACCGCUCUUCCCUCCCUAAAAAAAACAUCCCUAUGCACUGAGCCUGAUCGAGUGAGCCCUGUAAAGUUGUGUGAUCUGGAUCUAGCAAGUCGUCCUGUGAAAGGUCAUUCUCCACCAAGAAUGCCACAGAUCGCUUCUGAGCCGGAUCUGGCCUCACCUGUUGGAAGUGCUGAAUUCAUGGCUCCGGAGGUUGUCGACGCAUUUGUCAACGAUGCGCUGCGAUACGACAAACGUUGCGAUAUGUGGUCACUUGGUGUCAUCCUUUACAUCAUGCUGUGUGGAUAUGCUCCAUUCCAGGGGGAAUGCGAUGACGAGGAUUGCGGCUGGUCUGAGGGGCAACCAUGUGACGACUGUCAGCAGGAGCUGUUCCGCCGCAUCCAAUGUGGCGAAUACGACUUUCCACCUGACGAAUGGGACAUGAUUAGCGCUGAAGCAAAGCAUCUUGUCAAAAGUCUCUUGGUGAAGAAUGUGAGCGAACGUCUUACUGCAAAUGAGGUUCUCGACCACCCUUGGGUCAAACAGAGCGCACCAAGCACCAUACUUCAGACUCCGAGCAAUUUGUUUAGGAUUGAUUCUGCUCGUGAUGUGCAGCAGAUGAGUGAGCACUUCAACGUGAUGAACCGUCUUGUGGCAGCUCGUCUGAGCUCACGUCUCGAGAAAAUUAGCAUGAAUGAGGAUGAACAGGAGAGUACAACUGAUUCGGUCAGUAGCGCAAGCCCUACUGAUCCACCACCGACUCAGCUUUGUGCAAACGAUCGCCAGGUCCCACAAGCGCUUCCGUUGUUCAUGAUGCCACCAGAAGCGUUCAUGGAUCCGUUCAGCGGAAUGAUGAUAUAUCCUCCUGGAAGUGAGCCACCUUCACCGGCUAUCAGUGCGAAAAAUCGCCUGAAUGCCACUAAAUCGAUCUCUGACGGAGGUUCCCUAGCUCAGAAGAACGGUAGCUAUGGGGUCAAGACGGGAGCGUCUCCAUCGUCACUUCUUCGUGCUCGUAAUAGCGCCAAUGGUAUUCGUCGUUACAUUGCUAGCGUGUCUCGCGGUCCAACUCCGGAGACUUGUCAGGGUGCAGUUGUCAGACAGGAAUCACUAUCCGAUCUACCGUCACACACCGGAAACUGA